UUUAAACACUUAACUGCUGGCAACUUGCUAACUGUACUUGAUUUAACCCUUGAACUUGUCAAAUACCUUUAUCUUAAGCUUCUCAUGGGGUUUAGCUAUUCUAAAGACCUUUAGGAGAUUAAGCUGGGCGCUAAGACGCGCAAAAAUGUUUAUCGACCUGACUUUGGACUCGGAUGAGGAGCUUCAGAAGGGUAAUUCUGAACAGCUUUUAUCGCUCUUCACCCAGCAAAAAAGUCGGAAACGCAAGGCAGAGCUCACUUCUGAGACUUCGAGUCUCAAGUCUGAUCUUACAACCCGCCAUGUUGACAUCGAUCCGAACUCUCUCCCCUCUCACCACACCGAGACAGACUUAGAAUCCGUCGUCAAGUCUGAACCUCGCAAGUUCGAUGUUGUCGUGCCUCGGUUCACUGAUGAUGUCUUCUCUAUCGAGUCCGAUAGUUCCGUUCCUAGGAAGAAGCGCGCCAGUCUGCCUCCAUGGAACAGCAAGCCAAUCACGAAAACUGAUGAACCUCAGACCCAGCAAGAUACUCUAUUAGGCCUGUCUCAAACACACUACCCUGUGGAUGAUGCGGAGACUAAGGCGUCCUUCGCCUAUCCUAAGCACAAACAUGGCAGCUCUGAUAUCCUUCCUCUAAGCCUCUCAAGUAUGCCGCCUGGUCUCUUUAGGAAGAAGAAGUAUCAGGAACCACCUGCGGAUGGAGUGCCCAAGACCCUCUUGGCAAAGCUAUCAAGGAUCAGAGGACCACCUGUCACAUUGACUCUCAGUAAGGAGGACAGCGCCUUUCCCGAGAACUUCGAGUUCAUAAACUCGUACAAAAUCCGGGGUGGUGUCGAAAAGGCCGAUGCAUCCUUCGAUGCAGGAUGUGACUGCGGCAUUGUCUGCGAUAUGAAAUCAUGUACCUGUCUCUCUCAAGAGAUCGACUCUGACGACCGUAUCAACCCGUAUGAUAUUCUGCGUGACGGGACCUACGUCCUCAACCAAGGAUUUCUGAAACGCUCAGCGAUGAUUUACGAAUGUACGCCCCUUUGCGCCUGCACGAGACAUUGCUGGAACCGCGUCGUCGAACGAGGCAGGACUAUCCGGUUCAACAUCUUCGACACGGGAAACAGAGGAUUCGGCCUACGUUCCCCAGACCACAUCAGAGCAGGUCAAUUCAUUGACCUUUAUCUCGGCGAAGUAAUCACAAAAGCUUCAGCAGACAGACGUGAGAUGAUUGCAGAGACUCAAAAGAGCCCAUCAUAUCUCUUCUCGCUCGACUUCCUGGUAAAUGACAACAAGAUCUACAUCGUCGACGGCCAGAAAUUCGGAUCCCCAACACGAUUCAUGAACCAUUCCUGCAAUCCGAACUGCAAGAUGUUCCCCGUGUCUCGCCACCAUGGAGACGAGCGUCUGUAUGACCUUGCGUUCUUCGCAUUACGAGAUAUUCCGCCAAUGACGGAAUUGACCUUCGAUUACAACCCAAGCUGGGACGAUACCAGGAAGAAGAAGAACAGGAACCAAAUCGAUCCAAACUCCGUCAAGUGUCUGUGUGGAGAGCCCAAUUGUCGUGGCCAGCUGUGGCCUACACAGCGAAAAAGAACGAAAAGAGACUAAGUAGAGCAGAUCAGCAGAUCUCUCACUCUACGUUCAUACAGAGUCUCACAGUCUCGCAAGUUUCUACAUUAGCGAAAAUGUCAUUGUUUCGGAAUCGAAGUCCGAAAGUCGCUGAUUAUUAGCGUUUGUUUGGUCCCAGUUUAGUCCGCCUUUUUUCUUCUCUAACUAA